AUGGAGGUGAUUGAAAUGAAGCCAACAUCCGUAACCUAUUUUCCAUGUCCCUCUGAGACUCACAGCCCCGGCACUCUACUCUCCACGGCGCCGUUAGGAGUGGGCAAAACCCAAACCAAACCAAGAAAACCGACCCAAACUGACCGGUUUGGGUCUGUUUUUUGCUAUGUUUUGGUGGGUUUCGGUUAUUGGGUUGAGUGGUCGGUGGUCGGGUCGGGUCGCAAUUUCCUUCAAUCAGAACAAAUGCCCUCACAGUUAACUAUAACUCCACGAUCUUUGUUUUUUCCAGCAGAAGCCUGUGAAACAAUUGACGGAGUCAAUUUUCUCUCAAAUUGCCGAUGACAAUCUUCAUUUUCCAGUUGCCGAUCAUCGGACAUCCACCCUCCAGUACUAGACUGCAGGAGUAAGUUAAUAAUGGGGUUGAUGUUGGUUUUAAUUGAAUAAGCCCUAACCUGUCACAUGUAGGUUGAUAUUUACAGAUUUUUCCCGUGAACUGUAUUGGUUUAUAUAACUGGGGCUUAUGAUAAUUAACAAGCUGCUUUCACAUUUAGGAGAAAAAGUUCUCUAUAUUCUCGUCUCCUCCAACAUCCAGUCUCACAUAGGUAGGAACUUUGUGAGUGGUUUACAAGGAUAUUAGGUAGCUUUAGCUAUUGUCCAAUUUCAUGUUUCUGAAGGUAGUAAUCUUCUCUGUGUUGUCUUGGUUGGUGGUAACCACUCAGAUGAUUCCAGGCUCAUAGAUAGGUCAUGAAUGGGCUGCAAAGAUGAUAUCAUGCAUC